GAGUUCUUUAUGUGUCAAAGAAAAGACAGGCUUGCGAAGUUCAGGCUCACACGCAGUUGAAGAAUCGGAGGAACGCUUGAUUCCGCUAAACUGCGAUAUUGCUAUACAGAAUCUUACUCAGCAGCCAUGUCAAAGGGACCAGCCGUUGGCAUCGACCUUGGCACCACCUACUCCUGUGUGGGUGUGUUCCAACAUGGCAAGGUGGAGAUCAUUGCCAAUGACCAGGGCAACAGGACCACACCCAGCUACGUGGCAUUCACCGACUCAGAGAGGCUAAUUGGGGAUGCUGCCAAGAACCAAGUAGCCAUGAACCCCACCAAUACAGUCUUUGAUGCAAAGAGACUUAUUGGAAGGCGUUUUGAUGAUGGCGUGGUCCAGUCAGACAUGAAACAUUGGCCCUUCACUGUCAUAAAUGACUCAACCCGACCCAAGGUCCAGGUGGAGUACAAGGGGGAAACAAAGGCCUUCUACCCUGAGGAGAUCUCCUCCAUGGUGCUGGUCAAGAUGAAGGAGAUUGCAGAGGCCUACCUGGGAAAAACCGUGUCCAGUGCCGUCGUAACAGUGCCAGCCUACUUCAACGACUCCCAGCGCCAGGCCACUAAAGAUGCCGGGACCAUCUCAGGACUCAACGUCCUCCGCAUCAUCAACGAGCCCACCGCUGCUGCGAUCGCCUACGGCCUUGACAAGAAGGUUGGGGCUGAGAGGAACGUCCUCAUCUUUGAUCUAGGUGGUGGAACUUUCGAUGUGUCAAUUCUGACCAUUGAGGACGGCAUCUUUGAGGUCAAGUCCACGGCAGGAGACACUCACCUGGGCGGAGAGGACUUUGACAGCCGCAUGGUUAACCACUUCAUCUCCGAGUUCAAGCGCAAAUACAAAAAGGACAUCAGCGACAACAAGAGGGCUGUGCGUCGUCUCCGAACCGCAUGCGAGCGCGCCAAGCGUACCCUGUCCUCCAGCACUCAAGCCAGCAUCGAGAUCGACUCCCUCUACGAGGGUGUUGACUUCUACACCUCCAUCACCAGAGCCCGCUUUGAGGAGCUGAACGCAGACCUGUUCAGAGGUACCCUGGACCCAGUGGAGAAGUCCCUGAGGGACGCCAAGAUGGACAAGGCCCAGGUCCAUGACAUUGUCCUGGUCGGAGGCUCCACUCGCAUCCCCAAGAUCCAGAAGCUGCUUCAGGACUUCUUUAAUGGGAAGGAACUCAAUAAGAGUAUCAAUCCUGAUGAGGCUGUGGCAUAUGGUGCAGCUGUGCAGGCAGCCAUCUUGUCAGGUGACAAGUCUGAGAACGUGCAGGACCUGCUGCUGCUGGACGUCACGCCCCUGUCCCUGGGCAUCGAGACGGCCGGUGGGGUCAUGACCGUCCUCAUCAAGAGGAAUACCACCAUCCCAACCAAGCAGACCCAGACCUUCACCACCUACUCUGACAACCAGCCUGGCGUGCUCAUCCAGGUGUAUGAGGGUGAGAGAGCCAUGACCAAGGACAAUAACCUCCUUGGGAAGUUUGAGCUCAUCGGCAUCCCCCCCGCCCCCAGAGGGGUCCCCCAGAUUGAGGUGACCUUCGAUAUUGACGCAAACGGGAUCAUGAAUGUGUCGGCCGCUGACAAGAGCACCGGCAAGGAGAACAAGAUCACCAUCACCAACGACAAAGGUCGUCUGAGCAAGGAGGACAUCGAGCGCAUGGUCCAGGAAGCUGACAAGUACAAAGCAGAGGACGAUGUCCAGAGAGACAAGGUCUCCUCCAAGAAUGCCUUGGAGUCCUAUGCCUUCAACAUGAAGUCCACCGUGGAGGACGAGAAGCUGGCAGGCAAGAUCAGCGACGAGGACAAGCAGAAGAUCCUUGAGAAGUGCAACGAGGUCAUCAGCUGGCUGGACAAGAACCAGUCUGCGGAGAAGGAGGAGUUUGAGGACCAUCAGAAAGAGUUGGAGAAGGUGUGUAACCCCAUCAUCACCAAGCUGUAUCAGGGCUCUGGAGGGAUGCCAGAGGGCAUGCCAGGGGGGAUGCCAGGAGGGAUGCCAGGGGGCUUCCCAGGGGCUGGGGGUGCGCCUGGAGGAGGUGGAUCUUCUGGACCAACUAUUGAGGAAGUUGAUUAAUCAUUCCCAGUGUUUCUGUGAAACAUCCAUCAAGCUUAAGCCAUGGAAUGUGCUGGACCAUUAUUUAUCUCACAGUUUGCGCAUCUAUCACUUUGUUUUCGGUCAUACAUUUUUGUGUGCUGAAAACAGCAACUUGACGGUGACCUUAGGUUGACGGGUCCUUUGCUUACAUGUGAAUUGUUUGUGGUUUAGACUAUUCAUGUUUAACAUACACAGCAUGUUUUUCACAGCCUGAAAUGUGGCUGAAUUGUAUUUCCAGCUCCCUGUUUGAGCAAAGAUAAUAAAGUGUCUUUCAAAUUCUA